CAACACCUUUAAUUUAUUCGAUUACACGGCAUGUGUAAAGUAGCGCGUGCCACUUACCGUAACGGGACGUUUUGAUUGGCUACUGUCGGCAGCUGGCAGCUACUGGGCCCUCCCACAAAAAUAUUGAGAGGUCAUGAAGUAAACUCUUUUCAUCACUUGUGCUGUAGACAUUCAGUUAGGCAGUUUAGUUCCUAUGAUUUUAAGUUUUAUUUCGCCGAUUAAGGCAGUGGAUACAUCAACCGUUCAAAAUUCUUCCCUUGAAUAGCAUCCCGGUUGUCUACCAGAAUCCGUUUGCUCAAAUGCAGACAAAAAUUACAAAAUGAUGUCCUAUAAAAAGAUAACACAACCACUGGAGUUAUCUCCAAUGGAUCACGCGGUCCUUCAUCACCAGCAUGCCUCACAGCUCCAUCAGAAUGGUGGUACCACGUCACCUGCAUCGACAGAAUCGCAAACGGAUGAUUGCUCCAAGACAAACCUAAUUGUAAACUACCUUCCACAAACAAUGACCCAGGAAGAAAUAAAGGCGCUGUUCUCAAGUAUUGGCGAGGUAGAGAGUUGUAAACUCAUCCGAGACAAACCCACAGGACAGUCGUUAGGAUAUGGUUUUGUAAACUACAAGAAUCCAACGGAUGCAGACAAAGCUAUCAAUACACUGAAUGGUUUACGGCUUCAGAACAAAACUAUCAAGGUGUCAAUUGCACGGCCCAGUUGCGAAGGUAUAAAAGGUGCAAAUUUAUACAUUUGUGGCCUACCUAAGUGUCUUGCGCAACCAGACCUUGAGAAAAUCUUCUCCUUCUGUGGACGGAUAAUCACGUCUCGAAUUUUAUACGAUAGCAAUACAGGGUUGUCAAAAGGUGUAGGUUUUAUACGCUUUGACCAGAGGAUAGAGGCAGAACGAGCCAUCCAAAAGCUCAAUGGAACCAUACCAGAGGGCGCCACUGAACCAAUAACCGUCAAGUUUGCAAAUUCACCAAGUUCAAAUAAGAAUGCAUUACCAACCCUAGCUCUCGCUCCAUACCUGUCACCUACACGGCGGUUCUUGGGACCAAUACAUCAUCCGUCGUCAGGCAGAUUCAGGUAUUCUCCAUUGGAAAGCAGUCUUCUCGGAACAAGUACUAUUCUACCAACGACCCCCUCCACACAGAAUACUUCGAUAACAGGAGCAGGAUGGUGUAUAUUUGUAUACAACUUGGCACCCGAGACAGAAGAGAAUGUCCUAUGGCAGUUGUUUGGUCCAUUCGGGGCUGUACAGAGCGUAAAAGUUAUAAGGGACUUCCAAACACAGAAAUGCAAGGGAUUCGGGUUUGUGACCAUGACCAACUACGAUGAAGCCCUGAUGGCAAUACAGAGUCUAAAUGGGUUCGCCCUUGGAAACAGAGUUCUUCAAGUAUCGUUUAAAACAAAUAAAAUGAAAAUGAUGUAAAUCUUAGGGCUUGUAUCAGGUUUUUUAAACCUAUCUAGUCAAUUAUUGUAAAAGUGAUUGCUGGUUGCUAUGGCGAUAUUGUGGCUGUUGCCAUGGUUAUUUCUAGUCAAAAACUUUUUUUAUCAUGAGUAUUACUCAUUGUGCAUUGCAUAAUAAUCAUGAUGUUAUAUUUUAUAUAACUGGAGAAUCAGAACAACAGCUUUUAUAAGAAACGAAUCUCAGAGGUCAGUGCAAUAUUGAAUCUCCAUGGAGACAAAAGGUCAAAUGUUGCCAUAGCAACCAGCAUUACUCCAUCUUUGAAAUGUGCUUCAGAAUUAGAGAUUAAAAAAACCAAAGCAUUGAAAUGUGUUACACAUGGGACUGACAAUAGUUGUAUAGUAUCAGAAAGAUACACAUUUAUAUCUGUAUAUUUGGAAUCUUUAUUUUAAACUUGCUCAGGAUAUGAAGUAGUUUAUUAAGUUACGGAAUUUUUUUUUUAAGAUUAUCUAGAAAUCUGCUGUCAGUAUACAUGUGUAGUAUGUUUGAAAUGCACGAUCAAAAGAAUUCCAAUACUGUAGAAAUUUUUUAUAUGAACAAAUAUUUUGUUACACCAAAUAUGAUUUGAAAAUCCAAAACCAUGGCAACUGUUUUUAAAUUAUUAUUGAAGAGUAUAAUUAUAGUCCCAUUUUAAGAAAACCAGCGUGUAAAGUCUUUUGUUAGAUUUUAAAUUAUAUUUAUUUAAUUUUCUUAAGAGAAGAGGAAGGUUAUUAUUGUAUGUUUAAUUUUAUAACCACCAUUUUACUAAUUUGUGUAUAUUGUGAUUUUAGUCAAAGAUUUUGUCUUCAUUAAUUACAAGAGCGAGGAGUUAAGCCACAUAUGAUAUGGCGGACUUAAGUUUUUGUUGUAUCUUUAGUUGUGGUAGUAAUAUAUAUAUUUAUGGUCAGUUUGUAUUUUUUCUCUUAUUUAUUAUCAAAGUUAUGAUUGAUUCCCAAUGUAUUUUUACUCACAUAUGAUUUUUAUUCAACAAUGCAUCUUCAUUGUGUUUUUCCCAUGCCAUUGAUUUCAGAUAAAAGUGUUGGGGUUUUUCGUGUUUGAUUAUAUAUUUUUUUCCAUAUAAAUUUCAGAUAAAAAGAAAAUAUUGUAUAAAAAUCAUAUUGAGAAUAAUAUUUUUGAAGAUAUUUUGUAAAUUUUACAAAGUCUUGACUAUUUAAUAAAAGCUCUAGUAUUUUGCAUGCACUAAUCAGAAACAUUGGAAAAUUAUAUAUUUAAGGACAUAUCAAAAUGAACAUAUUUAAAGAAAAGAUGGAAUUAAAUGGAAAUAUAUAUGUAUUUAUAUAUCCCUCGGUUGGUUGCCUAAAUGUUUAGAAUGGAAUUUAUUUCACAUUGGUUGUUUCUAUAUAUAUAUAUUUACCAGCUACAAUUUUAGAUAAUUUUGUUUGAUUUAUGUUAGUUAGUGUUUUGUUGCUUUUUUUUGUUGGAUUUUAAGGCAAUUUGUGUGCUUAUUUAAAUUAAUUGUUUAAGUGACGGAGAAUAUGUUCUCGUCUACUGUCAGCCAUGAUUUUUACACGUCUAUAAGUGAGAUGUAUCGUCAUAGCAACAAAAACAUUGAUCGCCUCUCCUGAGUUGAGAGAUUAAUUGUUUGAUAGAUUCAUUAGGGAAGGAAAUUUCUCGGAAAUUGAUAACAUUACAUGUGAUCUGGUAACAAAAUAUUCUAGUGUAUAAAUAUUUACCCAUACAACAAUGGUUCAAAUGAAAUUAUUUUUUUUCACAUGUACAUGAAUGCUCAAACUUAUCCGAUUUUUUUUAAUUUUAAUAGUGAAAAGUUCAAAAGUAAUUGUCAUAUUUUAUACCAAAAAAAAGUUCAAAUAAUUUAUGAUGUUUUUUUUUGUUGUUCUGUAUGUAUUCAAAAUGUUUCCUGUAAUGGCUGCUAUUAAAUGUUUAUAUAAGGUAGAAUAAUAUCUUAUAGGCAUGUACUUGCUUAGGUUUUGUAAAGUCUUUUGAAAGCAUAAUGUGUAAGAACUUAACAUAAUUAACUAACAAAUACUUUUAUCAUACUGCAUAUCACUGAAAAAGUUCUUUCGAUUUUAAAGUUAGCAAUAUCAUUUGCCAUUUUAUAUAUAUAUAUAUAUAUAUAUAUAUCAGUUUUUUUUAGUUUGAUGUAAACUUAUUCAAUAUCAGCAUGAUAAAAAACUUUUUUAAGAAACUGUCUCAGAAAUUUUACUAUGCUCAUGAUGAUUUUUUGUUUAUUUGUAUUUUUUCCCCUUUUAUUUUAUCUUUUUAUUCAUGCAUUUGCAUCAGUGUUGUACUUAUUUUAUUUUCUGCUCUCUUAUUUUUUGUGUAAAUGUUGGUCAGCAAAUGAUCAUAACUUUGGUUGUCCUUAGUUCAGAAUGAAUAUUUAACCUCUAAGUUUCUAAACAAAAUCAUUAUUGUGCUCUUAUGUUUAAUUAAAUGUGAAUUUAUAAUUUUUCUUCUUUUUAUUUUUUCAUUAUUGCAUGAAGUAUAUUUUUUCUUUCUCUCUCUCUACUAAAGUUUAGGCAAUCACCUGUCUUGAUUUGAAGAAAUAUUUAAUUAAUAUAUUAUUAACAUGAUUAUGGGAUGAAAUAUGUCCGACUAAGAACAAAUUAUGAUAUUAUGAUCAUUAUAGAUAUGAAAUUUAAAAAAAAAAAAUGGUAUGAAAUAUCAACCAAAAAAAAGACAAUGUUUACAUUUGUAUUUGCUUCAUGUAAAGUCCAAGUUAUUAGCCUUUGGAAAGAACAGUAAUUAUCAUGAAAUGAAAUUACUGAUACUUUUUUAAUUAAAAUCAACUUAUAAAAUGAUAAUUUAACAAACAAAAAUCAAGUUUGUCAGAUGUUAAUAUUGAACAGGUAUUUUUAAACAAAAACCAAAAAAAAUGCCUGUUGCAUUCUACAGAUAUAGCCCAAUAUUUUGUAAUAAAAUUAUAAUUUCAUUAUACCAGCAUAAAUACUGCGUAACCAUAACAACCAAAUCUGUCUCUACAGAAAUUAGUUGCUCAUUAUGAUCAUUCCUAGAAGUGUCUCAUGUAUGCGUUACAUCAAACUUUCAUUCUGUCAUAAAAAUUUUCUUAUUAUUAUUAAUUAUUAUUAUUAUUUACGUUGUAAUUGGUUUCAAGCUGGGAGAGGACUUUUAAAAAUGCCUAUGGUUAUAUCUAAAUCAAAGAUCGUUUUUAUUCUGUAUUCUUUAAAAUUAUCAGAGUAACAGAUAAAUGUUAACUCUUGUUGUUCAGGUUGAAGUUAUUAUAAGAUUUUAGAAUUUUAUAAACAUUUCUUUUAUUCAAGCCUCGGCAAGAGCUUGAUCACCUGCAUUUUGUUCACAAUUAAAGCACAUGGAUGCAGCACUGGUAAUAUUUAUAUAUUAUUGUGCUGUUUUUAUUAUUAUUACUAUUAUUAUUAUUGAAAUAAUUGAGAAAUCUGCUGACUUUAUUCGUGUCCGUACACCACAGUUGAUAAAUGUUUUUUUAAACAUUUUUUUGCUUACUCAUUUAUGUGUAGGAAUAAAUAUGAUAAAUCAUUUGGCAACAAAGUUCUUCCAAGCGAAAUUUUGAUAUUUAACGUGUAUUUUAGAAGUUGUUAGAUGUUUUUAUGCUGUAAAAAUGUUUUUAAUGCAUUGAUCAGUUUAGAUUCACAUGAAAUGUGACUGUUACCUUGUUAUAGUAGAAAUUUUGAAAAAUUCAUUUUUUUUUUUUAAACCAGUCUAUGAGUUAUUUUUAGAAAAAUUUCUGUGGAACACAGAGAAAGUUGUGUCACUGUCAGGCUUCGUUGUUUAGAAGGCUGUGAUUUGUGAUUGUUAAAACUUCUCAUUUUACUAUGUACAUUCCUAUGGGCCAAAUUGUUUUUAUGAAAUUUUGACCGUAUUUAUAUAAAUGAAAACUUGGUGACUAAAGUGUGUGAUUUUUCUGUGUCAGAAUUUUCAAUACUGUACAGGAUAUUUCAUUGACCUGCAUUUUCUUGUUACGUUAUGUGUAUCAUCAUGUGUCUUCAGAUACUGCAGUGAAAAUGUUUUACCCUUACAUGCCAAGUCAUAUUUUCAAUGACUAGCACUGUUUAUUGAACAAUUCCCCCCCAUUAACUGUGGCAUAGCAUGUAGGAAAAAAAAAAUUAUAAAAAAAACCAACACAUUCUCUUUGAGUCAUUGCUAGACUGGGGAAAUUAAUGGUGAUUCACCAUGGAAAUCUAGGAACUAAAAUCCCUUUUGAAGUGAGGUCAUGCUUCAAUUAUAAACUCAGAAAAUCAGGAAUUGUAAAUGAAGGUCAAACAUGCAAACAUUAAGCACGUGAAACUUGGUCAUCUACUGCUGACAGUAUGCAUGUCACUUUACAUUAUUAUCUUCCUAUUAUGUCAAAGACAUUAGGGGUAAUCAUUUAACCAUACCAUUAGGCAUGCCAAAAAAAUCUUAAAUGAAACUUAAAGGAAAUUUGAAACUUUCAAAUAUGUAAAUUAAGGAAGGCGGAACAUUAGUCAGUCUACAAAGCAAUACAAGAUUGUAUGUUGUGUUGAAAGCAAUUUUUUGGUCCUAUGAAUAGUUGUAAAUAGUUGAUUGUUUGUUUUCUUUGGAUACUCGAAGGUAUUCCUGUGGCAGAGUUUUAGUAAUGAAUGCUUCAAUCUUUAAUCAGGACUAAUUAUAUAUUAUUAUGUCAGAGAUAAAAUAAAAAUAUACAUAACUUAAAUGAUAAAUAAUACAUGUAUAAUGUCAUAUAUACAAACACUGUUAUAUUUGAAGUUUUACAUUUUACAUCAUUGUUAUUUACAGUGUACCAUUUUUUUUCUAGGGUUUUUAUACUAUUUCGAAAAAACAUAUGCAAUUUUGUAGAAAAAAUUUCUGUUACUUUUACAAGAAUUUUUCUCUUGGAAAAAGUAUGGAGGUGAACACCUUUGACUUUAUAGUGUGGGUGUCUUUGUCUCCAUAUAAAGCUUAGAACUAACCUCUCAAACUUUUUGUAGAGGUUUUUUAUAGACUUCGUCAAGAGAAGGGAAACAAGUAGAGUUAAUGCUAAGCUCUUUUUUCAAGAGAAUCGAUGAUUAUUGCGGACUAUGUACUUUAUAAUUGAGUCCAGAUCUACCACCGCCCAUAUACCUCGAAUACCCCCCUCGCUGCUGGCUCAAUUUGUAUGUGUUACAGCAAUAGUUCUCUGACCAUUUUUUUUCUCAAUUCCAUUUUCAUUCUGAAUGGUAGCAUUGGACAACACCAAAAUUCUAUUAAAAAGGCAGUCCCUCUUUUCUCGUGUAAUUGACAUUGUAUUUGCAUAUUUCAAGGUGACAAGAGUUCUUGUAUAUAAUCACAUGGACAUGACUGGAAUGUUGUCUUCUGUAGAGCACUUUUUCAUUGAACAGCUGAUGAAAAGUGAUUGAUAAUCUUGUACAAGAUCUUGUAGGAGGAACGCUAGAAAAAAAAAAAACGAUUCCAAAUUGAUUGUGUUGCCUUGAAAACUGUUGUUAGGGAGAAUGAGAUUGGUGUUGUGUAGAAAGAUAGUCGCCAGUUCAGGUUCUAAAAUCAUGACUUAAUAUUUUCAUUAGAAUCAUAAUACAAUUUUUUAUAGAUCGAAAAAACAUCAAGUCACAAUUUUCAUUGAUUAUAAAGCAAUAAUAAAUUUUUUACGUGUUAAAGAUAUAUGUACUGUGGACAACUAAAAGUUAUGAUUGUUUGAGUAUUUGUAACUUGAUCGUAAUGAUGGUAUUAAUUUUAACCCAUGUUACCAAAAUAAUUGUUACAGUCAACGAAUAUACAAGUAUUUCAUCAAGUAUGUCCUUAUUAAAUCUAUGCAUAUUUGCUAAAUAUAUACCUAGAUUUAUUUUUAACUUUCUAGUUAGCAUUACGAUUUGUAACAUCUUUUUAUUGAUAUAUAUACAGUGUAGUAGAUGAUGAUUUUAUUUAUAGCCCGGUUAAUUUCGUGCCAUUGUUACGAUCAGAAAAUAUAGUCCCUUAGCAAUAUGUUCAGUCGACUAAUGUCUUCAUUGUUGAUAUAAAAGUCUUCAAACCUCUGAUUUUUAAUCUUUGAUUAUAUACUGUUUUUGAAGUUUGUAAUUGUACGAGUUAAAUAUAUAACCUUUCAUUUUGUGAGUUUAGAUUGUUCAUGUUUCUUGUUUGAAUUUUAAAUAUUAUUAAUAGUCUUCAAUUUUCAGUCUUGAUUCAUUCCAAUUAUCGGACACAGUCUAGGUUGAGUUGGAAAGAUCGCCUAAUUAUUAGUGUUUAGUAGUUAAGAAAACAAAUAGAAAACAAUAGUUAAACAAGGCAGUAUCACCACCCACUUGGAUUAAACUCAUUUUGAGUAAAAAAUAUAGCUUCAAAAUUGAUUUAGCUUCAGAUGGAAACAAGAACCUUUGAAAAUUAAGGAAAUUAAUGGCAAAUGUUCAUUGUAAUGCUAGGGUUCACAGAUUUUUUUUCAGUGAUUGAGAGUGAAGACUGUGUCCAACUUGUUUGUUUUUUGCAAUUAUUUAGCUCUGCUUUCAAUUGUAUGCUUUUAAUAUUUGCUUUAUUGUUUAUCUCCUAUUAUUCUAGCCUACCUGGUAAGGUAGAUAUCCAAUCUGGGACUGAUUACAACAUUAUUAUUUAGCAGGUUUACCUCCCUUUAUUGAAUUAACAUCAUUUGCAACUUAAAUUAUAUAAUGUAAUUAUAAACCUUAAAUAUAUUUCCCAUAAUACUUGCUAAAUGUAAAUUUUCUAUAGCGUUGUCUGCCAAUGCAAAAAAGAAAGAAUGCUCAUGGGAAUUGCAUCAUUAUGCAAAAUAUAACUGCGGCAUCAAAACUACAGUUUUGUAGUACAAUUUUAAUAUCGUAAACUUGAUUUUAUGGCUGUCCGUAGGGGAAAUCGUGGGAGAGGUGGUGUUUUCAGUCCCAGAUAUUCUAAUAUUAUUAUGUAGUUUGUUUGUUUGAAUUGUUUUGUGAAGUUGCAGUUACAUAUCUGAUACAGAAUAGAGUUGGGGCAUUUACAAACAACAACAAAAAACCUGCUUCACCCUUUCUUAUUUUUUUCUUGGCCCUAAGAAUAAUGAAUCAAAUGAAUUGAUUUUAAAAGAGAUUUGGUUUUUUGUUGAAUAAUUUUAGUGUUAAAUUCAUUUACUGAUUAACAAUAUGGUUAGAAAAACAGCUCUUAAUGCCAUAAAAACAGGGUCAUAAUUUGGUUUCCAAAUUUUUACUUUCUUUUUGUCAUUCAUUUAGAAAAUUUAGUCUGUUUAUUCUUAUAAUAUUUGUUUGAUCAAGACUCGCAUAAUUUUAUUGAAAAGUGUUGAAAAUAUAAAAGAAAAGUGAUGGGGAAUAGAUUGAGAUCAGACUAUUACAUGAUUUGAUUAAUGAAUAAAUUCACAGAUCAAUAAUGGAUUAUUGAUUUGAACUAUCUAACAUCAGCAGUAAAUGUGGGACUUUUAAUCUUGAUUCAAAAACAGGAAAUAGAUGAGUUAUGUUUGAGUAUUCCCCCUAAUAAAUUUCAAGAAGACCUUUAAUCAUGUGAGCCGCGUCACGACAAAACCAACAUAAUGAGUUUGCGACCAGCAUUGAUCCAGACCAGCCUGCUCAUCGGCGCAGUCUGAUCAGGAUCCAUGCUGUUCGCUAUCAGCUUCUCUACUUGUUAUAGACUUUGUAAGCGCACAGCAUGGGUCCUGAUCAGACUGCGGGGAUGCGCAGGCUGGUCUGGAUCCAUGCUGGUCGCAAACGCACUAUGUUGGUUUUGUCAUGACGCGGCUCAUGUAACAUCAAUAUAGAUAAAACUUGCCUGUUUUAAGUAAAGAAUUGUAGCCCCCGUUAAGUAGGAGCUAAGCUAAGUAUCUAUGUAAAACUCUUGUUAAUCUCUGCUGGACGUUGUAACAUACAUAGUUCUCAACUCUUGUAAGCUGUAUUUGUAUUUUUACAUGUCUACAUACAUUUAAUAAAAACGUAUAAAUUA